ACCCGACCAUGGCGCCUUCUUUUCGGCCCAGCAAGAACCGCCCGAGCCGGGACGAGGAGGAUUUCUACGAGGCCAGAGGAGACAGGAAGGCGAGGAAGCCGCUGGUGGAGAAGAAGCGGCGGGCGCGCAUCAACGAGAGCCUGCAAGAGCUGCGGCUGAUCUUGGCGGACACGGAGUUCCAGACGAAGAUGGAGAACGCGGAGGUGCUGGAGCUGACCGUGAAGCGGGUGCAGGGGGUUCUGCAAAGCAAGUCUCUGGAUAGUGACAAGCUGCUGCAGCGGGAGGCCAGCGAGCGAUUUGCAGCUGGGUACAUUCAGUGCAUGCAUGAAGUUCAUACAUUUGUUUCCAACUGCCCGGGGAUUGAUUCCACCAUCGCAGCGGAGCUGUUGAAUCACCUCCUAGAGUCCAUGCCUCUGAACGAAGGCAGUUUCCAGGACCUCAUUGUGGAUGUCUUGUCGGAUCCAUCUGUCAGCCAGUGGCCUAGUGGGGAAGGAUUCCCCCAGAUACCUGAGGCAUCUUCUGGAGCUCUAAGCCUGCACAGUCCCACUUCACCUCUUCUUUCACCAUCCUCCAGUGAAGAGGUUUGCUCUGAUCUCGAAGACACAGAGGCUGAGCAAAGCCACAUCUCUUUGGAUGGACUGGACAGGUCUAGGACGCACAACGUGCCUUCCUCUAGCCUUUCCAAAUCCAUGUGGAGACCUUGGUAAUAA